GCGGCAAAGUUGCCAACCUCAAUCAAGGGAUAAUGGGCUCUCUCAACAAACAAAAGAGAAUAGCUUCACGUCUUGUUAUAGUAAACGCGGUAGAGGAUACCAUGGUAGAAAUAUCCAUGAUUUAAACUACAAUUCAUUGCCUCAAGAUGUCUAUUUCUUUAAAAGUGCGUGGUGAUACUGAAAGUAGGAAUCUGGAAGUACAUUAUCUUCCAGCUAAAAUAAAUGGAAAUGGGAGCACAGAUGUAUCAAACUAUUUCAGUUCGUAUACACGGGAAGGCCAAGGUAACUUAUUAACAAAUGCUAUUCGUGGUUUCCCGCUAAAUGGAGAAAUUGUUGAAGUACCAACCACUCAUAGCUCAUAUGUUUUACAAGAAACUGAGUUUUCAAAUACUGAAAAAUCCCGGAAUAUAUAUGUGACUGGUAAUUUCAGUAAUUUUUAUUAUUGGAAUUAUGAUAAAAUACCAAGCAAUGGAGAUGCUUACAAGCAGGCUUUAUAUUUGUUCAACAUAUCCAAAGAGUUCUCUGAACCAGUAUCUGAAACGGAUAUCCAAAUUGAAAUUGAAAAUAGGAGAAAAAUAUAAAAAAAAAACACUAUAUAACAACAUUUAAUAAAAAUUUAGUUUAACUCUAAAA